AAUUUCCGCGCGAAUUCUCAGUGCGGUCGUCAGUUCAGUACUUUGUGCUGCGUUAUAUUCAUCAAAACACGAGAGGUCAUCAACUUCGAACGAAGAAACGCGAAAUUAUUCAGAAAAGUCGUUCGGCGAGUAAUUAAAAGCAUUCCAAAUAGCCAGUCGCAUUUAAUUGUACGAUAUUAUUGGUAUCAUAUGUAAAUUCACGACAAACAAAUUACAAUUCAGGAAUUAUUAAAGUGUUGCAUCAGAUCAGCGGACAGCUGAUCGAAAAACAUCUUUAUCUUGCUGCGUAAUAUUUUUCGGAGCGAAAACUCUUCUCUGCCUAGAGAAUCGCGGAAUAUUAAGUUUCAGUUUCUAAAUUUGUCAAAAAAUACUGACAAAGAAUAAAAUCAAACAGCAAAGGAUUUUAACUCAUUCCAAUAAAUUCGAACAAUUGUUCAAUCAGUGAUCCGAGAAGUCUAAAAAGCGCCGUUUGUACUAAUUGCUUCGACGCAGCCUUGGCUGCAAAUAAUCGUUGAAGGAUGAGAGAAUUGUGGGUGAUCAUGUUCAUCCUGACGGUCGUAGCUAUCCGCUCGCCGGUGGAGGGGAAGAUAUUCACAGAAUGUGAGGUCGUAAAGGAGCUGGAGCGAGCUAAAAUCAGUAAGAGCUUCAUCAGCAAUUGGGUCUGCCUGAUGCGAAGCGAAAGUGGCCUGAAUUCGAUGCUAAUGACUGGUCCAAAGACAGCAUCGAGCUAUUCCUUCGGUAUCCUCCAGAUCAACAGCGCUAAGUGGUGCACGAGAGGACGUAAAGGUGGCAUCUGUAACAAGCGGUGCGAGGACUUUCUCAAUGACGAUAUAAAAGACGACAUCGCAUGCGGAAAAAAGAUUUUCGAUCAAGAAGGAUUUAAAGCAUGGGAAGGAUGGACGAAAAAGUGCAAAAAUAAGCCGCUUCCCAGUAUCGCACACUGCAAACGAAGAAGAAGGAUGGUGGCUCCAGUCGAAGUAAUUGACCCUGCAAUUGUAUGAUACCGCAAGAAUUCGUUUGAUACACUCAUUGCCGAUACAUCAAGCUCAAUUUUACAACUCGGGAAUUUUACUUAAUGGCACAUUUUCUCAUGCAAUGCAUUAAACGAACAAAGUAUUCUGGCACGCUUUAUAAAUAUGAAUCUAAUCCGAUUGAAUCUGUGCCAGUUAUGAUGUAAAAGUUCACGUGGUCGUCUUAAGCUCACUCUUGCAUGCGAUUUGGCAAGCGGCGACACAAGAAAUACGAAAUAGUUUCGAAAUAGUUUCUGGUUACUAGAAUUACAAAAACAUACGUGACGAGACUUUGUCGAUGUCUUCCUGAUUUCGUCUUUUUUUACUCAUGCUGCGUGUACGAUAUUUCGAAGAAUCGUCUCGUAAAUCCGCGCGUCGUAAAAGAGGGCAAACAUUAUAAAACAGAAACUAUAAUGUCUCUAUGAAGAAAGAAACAGGCCUCUAAAAAUCUCUCUACAGAAAAAAAUAUUAAAAGCAGCAAGUAAUUUUGUAGCCAUACAAAUAAUUUAUAGUUGAAUAAUGUCAAUGUUAGAUCAAAUCUUAAAUGCAACGCAACACAAAGUGUCUAAAAAAUAUUGUAAAGACAAUUAAAAGAAAAAGCAUCCUGAUUUUUAGAUAUUUUUAGGAUACUUUGUGUAAAUAUCUUUUAUAUAUUUUUAUUUUUCUGUUAUUUGAGAUUCUAUUUAAUAAAUUUUGUGUAAUGUCUUAUAAUAUUUAACUUGUAUUAAUAACAUUCAUAAUAUUUAAUUAAUAUUAUAUAAAGUCAGUUAUAUUUUAAUGUAUAACAAAAUAAGUGACAGUUAUUAAUUGAUUAUUCAUUGUUUUGUAAGCUAUUACGAAAGAUAAAUUGCAUUUAAUUUUUUUAUGCAUAUAAAUAUUUCGGAGGCUUUAGAAUUUUUUAAAAAUAUCUUGAUGCAAAGUAUUUUAAGUCAAAUCAAUCGUUAAAAAUUAAAUUCAAAGAAUUAAAUUAAUGCUUAAUAUUUUCAAAAAAGCCGUUUGUUACAUAAAUUUGUCCCAUGAAUACAAUUGAGCAAAUAUAAAAAAUGAGUCUGAUAAGUCUGAUAUCAACUUCGUACGACAGAAGUCUCAAGCGAUUAAUCAAUCCAACAAUUGUAUCAAUAAACGAAUUCUACGAAUACAAUCGGAAUAUCGUCAUAACACAACUGCUUAUAGAUUUGCAUCAAGGAGAGAAGCGAUAUUAAUCUUCAAGGCUAAGAGAUAUGAAGAUCGACGAAUAAUUAUUAUGUUUACGUAAUGCGUGUCGCGUGUUUCUUUAAUUGAUGUUCUCUUCCGAAUUUAAUAUCAAGGUCUUUGGCAGAUUUCAAUUUCUCGGCUAAUCGUGUAGAAUCGAUAUUACAUGUCCGUGAUAUUUUAGUUUAUACCAAUCUGUGCAAAGUAAAUUCAAUACUUUAUACAAAUAAUUUCAACAAUUGAUAAUUUUGAUAAAAUCAUGAUAUAAAUAAUAAUUCUAGUAAAAAAAGUACAUUUAAUAAAAUAUAUCGUGUCUUAAAACAUUUGACGAGAAAAAUUACGAUUAACAUCAAAAGAGAAUAAAUUUUCUUUAGCCGGAAUCUCUCUCCGCGGUUUCUCUUUCUGCCUUGAAAAUCGAUUGAAUCAACUGCCUAGAUUCGUACUUAUGAUGCAUAGGAAACGCGAGAUAGCGAGCACGUGAUUAAUUACAUAACGGAGCGUUUGCUCCAAGUGAAAAAUUCCAAGCUGAUAUCUAUCACCUUAAACGCUUCGCAGAAUUUCAAUGAUAGAAACGCGUCGAUUUGUAUCAUUUUUUUUUUUUUUAUUGCGACGAGAAUUUUUCAAAGACUUUCUUUCGCAAUAAUCGUAUCGAUACUUUCUCGUCGCAGUUUCCGAUGCGCCAUUUUUCCAAUUACACCCGAUAAAAUUUCAAUCGGAAUAAAUUUACGAGAGUCAAGCAAAGUCUACCUCUCCAGGCCAGAUCGCUGGCAGUUCGCUAACGGAACAUUGUACUUGGCUGGCUUGAGCGAUGCGAGGAUGCACGUAAGCGCACUUUAUCGUAGCCCCCGGCUGGAGUGCAUGCACCUUUCACUAGCGGAAGUGAACACAGCUAAGAGGCAGACGCGUGAGAGCGACCCAGGUCAUCACUCGUUCGUUACGGACGAUCGCUUCGUACGAGCCAAGGCAUCGCGAAACGUACGUUUGAAUUGUCGAUGUAUCGCUAAUUGACGAGCGAUUAUCAACUGAUUCAUCGCCGAUUCUCAUCAAAUCUUUUGUAACUUGUUCUAAUGAAAUGAUGCAAGAGUAAUCUCUCU